AAUCAGAAAAAGUCACCAUGGUUGUGUUCUCAAGAACUGCUUCUGCUUCUCUAUUGUUCUUGUUCCUUCUCUUUGGUUUCUCUGCAGCUAAGGAACUAUUGGUUGGAGGCAAGAUAGAUGCAUGGAAGGUUCCAUCUUCUGAAGCAGACUCACUCAAUCAAUGGGCAGAAAAGUCUCGUUUCAAAGUCAGUGAUCAUCUUGUAUGGAAAUAUGAUGGUGGGAAAGACUUAGUUUUGCAAGUAAACAAAGAAGAUUAUGCUAAUUGCAACAGCUCAACCCCCAUUGAACAGUACAAUGAUGGGAACACGAAGGUGAAGCUAGACAGACCUGGACCAUUUUAUUUCAUCAGUGGAGCAAAGGGUCACUGUGAGCAGGGACAAAAGCUCAUUGUGGUGGUUAUGUCUCCAAAGAAAAGAUCCAUUGGAGUUUCACCUGCACCAUCUCCAGCAGAGUUGGAAGAAGGUCCGGCUGUUGCACCAACUAACAGUGCGCCAGUGUUGCGAACUGGAUUGUGA